AUGAGGGAGGCCCUUACUUCUGUGCGGUCCACUUGGCACAAACAGAUCCGUACGGCGGUCGUGAAAGCUGUGAAUGCACUUGUGGCUUACUCGUUUACCUCCUCCGCUCGGGCCCUGGGCGUGAGACUAUGUGACGUGGAAGAUGCGCGUGACCUCGUGUCUAACAUGACCCAGGUCAUCGAGGUGCUGCAGACGACGGAUGAGAUCUACUACACUAUGGUCGACGAGAUCUACGCCCCCAUCCUCGCUGUACACAGCAAAUACGCUCCGAUUAAACCUGCUGGUCUUGAUGACGUCAUGGGCUCCAAGGACCUGGCCGAAGACCUCCAGUCUAAGACUGUGGCCCAGCAUGUUCAAGAGCGUCACUAG